CCGUUACAAUAUUCACUCGGGGAACAGGUGCGCGGAGAGGCGUUUGUUGCAGUGACCGCAUAUCCAUUUCAACGCAAAAGGGAAAAAUAAUGGAGACUCUUCAUAUCGACCGAUUUAGUGCGGCUCAGGUGGAGACAGAUCAUUUCAAGGAGUCCAUACAGGUACCAUGAAAAGGUUUACUGGACGGACUGGAUUUUGGACUACUCAUCACUGAGAUGGACUGCAACUUAGGUGUUAAUUUACGAGAUGUUAUGCGCUUGCAGGGUGAAUUUGGCCCGGUUUAUUUUAACCACUAUUUAACAGUAGAUUUGGGUAUGUUGUUCACGUUCAACACGUUGUCUGAGAGCGAGGCUGGAUCAGGUCACUGGUUCACUCCAUCCACAAUUUAGGAUGAUGCCCCCCAGUCAAACCUGCUUGGCCUCUUCCCUGUUUCUUCACCCUGUCUCAGGACUUCAGACUCUUCACUGGCAGCCCGAGCGCUCCUAAGUGCUCCCUAUCAACCUGCCUGGCUGUCAUCUCAGAGAGGUGAUGCGACGGUUUGUCUACUGCAAGGUGGUGUUGACCACCUCUUUAGUGUGGGUGCUGGUGGAUGUGUUCUUGCUGUUGUACUUCAGCGAGUGUAACAAAUGUGAUGAUAGGAAGGACCGCUCGCUGCUCCCCGCGCUUCGAGCAGUGAUAUCGCGGAGCCAUGAGGGCCCUGGUGAGAUGGGCAAAGCAGUAAACAUCCCUAAGGAUGACCAGGAGAAAAUGAAGGAGCUCUUUAAGAUUAACCAGUUCAAUCUGAUGGCUAGUGACAUGAUUGCACUCAACAGGAGCCUGCCAGAUGUGAGGCUGGAUGGCUGUAAGACCAAGGUGUACGCAGAUGAUCUGCCCCACACGAGCAUUGUCAUCGUAUUUCACAACGAGGCAUGGAGCACCCUGCUGCGAACCGUUCACAGCGUAAUCAACCGCUCUCCCAAACACUUGCUAGUGGAGAUUAUCCUAGUGGAUGAUGCCAGCGAGCGAGACUUCCUAAAGAAGAAACUGGAGAACUAUGUGCGAACCCUGGAGGUGCCGGUGAGGAUCCUGAGGAUGGAACAGCGUUCAGGUCUAAUCAGAGCCAGGCUGAGGGGGGCAGCUGCCACCACCGGUCAGGUCAUCACCUUUCUUGACGCUCACUGCGAAUGUACUGCUGGUUGGCUGGAGCCCCUGUUGGCUCGCAUCAAAGAGGACAGGACAGCCGUGGUGUGCCCUAUCAUAGAUGUCAUCAGUGAUGAGACCUUCGAAUACAUGGCAGGUUCAGAUAUGACUUAUGGUGGAUUCAACUGGAAGCUGAAUUUCCGAUGGUACCCCGUUCCUCAGCGGGAAAUGGAUCGACGCAAAGGGGACAGAACACUCCCCGUCAGGACUCCCACCAUGGCAGGAGGAUUAUUCUCUAUAGACAAGACAUAUUUUGAAGAAAUUGGGAGUUACGAUCCGGGGAUGGAUAUUUGGGGUGGAGAAAACCUGGAAAUGUCUUUUAGAAUCUGGCAAUGUGGUGGCUCCUUGGAAAUUGUAACAUGUUCACACGUGGGCCAUGUUUUCCGGAAGGCCACCCCAUAUAGUUUCCCUGGAGGAACAGGCCAAGUCAUCAACAAAAACAACAGGCGCCUGGCCGAAGUCUGGAUGGAUGAUUUCAAAGACUUCUUUUAUAUCAUAUCACCAGGCGUGAUGCGGGUAGACUACGGAGACGUCUCAUCCCGUAAAGCCCUCCGCGACGCCUUAAAGUGCAAACCAUUCUCCUGGUAUCUAGAGAACAUCUACCCAGACUCCCAGAUCCCAAGAAGAUAUUAUUCUCUUGGUGAAAUCAGAAAUGUUGAGACCAACCAGUGUAUGGACAACAUGGGAAGAAAGGAGAACGAGAAGGUUGGCUUUUUCAACUGCCAUGGCAUGGGUGGAAACCAGGUGUUCUCAUACACUGCGGAUAAAGAAAUCAGAACAGAUGACCUCUGUCUGGAUGUCUCCCGCCUCAACGGGCCCGUUGUCAUGCUCAAGUGUCACCACAUGAAGGGCAAUCAGAUGUUUGAGUACGAUGCCGAGCGACUUACUCUGCUGCAUGUGAAUAGCAACCAGUGCUUGGACAUGCCCUCUGAGGAUGACAAGAUGGUCCCCACAUUGAGAGACUGCAACGGCAGCCGCUCUCAGCAGUGGCUGCUCCGUAACAUGACCCUGAGUGUCUGACUCUUCACCUCACUCCUCUGUCCUCCUCUUCUGAACCAGUCCUGGCUCUCCUCACCCUCACCAGAUGGCUCUUACCACACACAUCAUGCACCUCUUGCUUUUAACUGCCUGGCCAACGAAUGCAGAGAACUGGGCAGUAGCGGCAUAUCUUUGAUUUGAUCCUCUUGCAGUUCAACACAGGUUUGAGGGAAAAACUGCACUGCCACCUGCAUUUCUAACAAUAUGAUGAACUGUAGAUUUGGGAACUUUUUCAGGUCCAAACUAGGAUAAUGAUGUGUGGGGUCUGUGCAUGGAAAAUAUUCACAUCAAAGGAAUCACACUGUGAUGGACACCUGCUGGCUGUGACUCUGCUGCACUGGUGUGACUCUUUCUUAGCUGCUGGACAAACAGGAACACGAGACCAUUUGUCAUAUUCUGAGACACGUGUUUGCGAUGGACUAGAUUCUUAGUAACUACUGUAUCUACUAUAGGUACAGUCAUAAAACAAAAGAGUUGGUUUGCUGCUCAUCUUUUCAUGUCAGUAUCUACUGUGUCUAUGCUUCAAGCAGCACGGUGACUGAUGUGAAGAUCAGCAUAGGAGAUACCCUCUUGAGGUGCUUUACUGAAGGGAAUAACAUCAUAGCCCUGUAUAACCUACUAACACGUUUCCUCUUCUUUAUCAAGCCCACUGUAGCAUUAGCUAUUUAAGAUGUCUUUUUACCACAUUUGACGGGACUCUUUGUGUUAUUAAAAUUGCGUUCAACUUGGAGAGUGAAAGUUCAUAAGCAAAGCUAACAAACUGGAGAAAGUGGAAGCCCAGCCUUCACAGACUGAGCGAUCAAAUUUGAGGCGAAACCUCAACCCUCAUAUCACUUAUGACAAUUUAAUUUAAGAGGAGGAACAUUUUUACACAGAUCCCCUAAACCUGGUUGUUAAGGAACUGAGAUGCUAUUUCUAAAUCAUUAUACUGUGCAGAAGUCUCGAGUCACCCCAUAUUUCUUUAUAUUUGCAGUUAUAUAUGGAACUGUGCAAACAUACAUGGAAAUACAUUAUGUAAGGAAAAAAAACAGAGUUUGUACAAUUCUAACAAGCUUGAAAAUCAAUAAUUGGUAUGACUACCUUUAUUCUUCAACACAGCCUGAACUCUCUGAGGCAGCUUUUUUGUAAUUUCUUUAAGUAGUCUUCAGGAACGGUUCUCUAGGCUUCACGAAGGCAAUUCAAAGCUCUUCUGUGGAUGUUGGCUGCCUUUAGUUCUGUUCUCUGUCAAGAUGAUCCCACACUGCUUCAGUAAUGUUGAGGUCCGGGCUCUGAUAGCGUUCUGUUUUCUUUUUUUUUUUCUAUCCAGUCCAUUUCCAGAUGGUAUUACAUGGUGGUUCUAAAUCUUGUAGUACUUUUUUGUGUUCACAGUUAAAUCACUUUUGACAAGAUCUCCAACCCCACUGGCUGAAAUGCCUCUGAAACCAUGACAGAGGCUCCAACCUGUUUUACAGAUGGGUGUAGACACUCACUGUUGUACACCUCUCCAUACAUACUGAUGUUGAACUAAAAUGUUCAAAUUUGGAUUCUUCACUCCAUCAGACCUGUUGCCACUGAUUUUCAGUCCAGUUCUUGUGUAAUUUGGCAUACCUCAGACUUUUCUCCCUGUUUCCCUUCCUUAAGAAUGGCUUCUUGACGUCCACCCUUCCACUGAGACCAUUUCUGAUGAGGCUUCAAUGAACAGUAGAUGGAUCCAUUGAAGGGCUAGAUGGAUCUCUUAGGUUCUGUGUCCAGACUUUACUGAAUUUUUUCCCCUUUUUCUUAAGGACAUAAUUUUUAGUUACUGUUCAGCUGCUGUUUGUUUGUUUUUUUUUAAACCUGCUACUUCUUUGUUUGUCCUCCACUUGUCCAGUUUCCUUAUUUUUUUUAAUGAUUCAGUGCACAUCAUGCUGAGAUACAGCAGGUUUUUGGCUAAUAGCUCUUUGGAAAUGACCUUUUUGGUGCAAAAAUACUAUUUUAUGUCUAUCAAAACGUGUUAUCUUUAGCAUAGAAAUUAGAUGAAACUCUGUUUUUUGUGAAAGGCUGCCAUUAACAAGGUGCCUAAAUAAGAAUUCAAAAUGGGUUCUUUGCUAAGUUGUGUAGACACAACACAGGUUUACCUCUUGAGUUAAGCGACUUCUAUAUGCUUAAGGAACGCUGCUUAGGUCAGCGUUAUGUGGCUUAACAAACAAAGAAAAAAAUUCCUCCGAAGAUGGUCAAGUACAAGAACAGGAUGGAAAAAAUCAAAACACCUGCAAAACAAAAAGAAAUGAGGAUUGACUCAAGACUUUUGCAAAGUACUAUACCUAAACAUAUCUUUGAAAUUCCAGGACUGAAAUUUGUUGCUAAUGAAAGUAGCUGUUUUAAACUGUUUGGAUAAGGAUGGUGUUCCCUGUUACUCUAACAGGAAUUAUGUUAGUUCAUUUAUAAAAGGUGAUGUGAAAUCUGAUGUUGGUGUUGGACUGGAAAUACAAAUUAUACAUUUUUAAUGGAUGUAACAGGUUUUGGAAAAAUCACACUGUAAUAUGGCUAUCAAAGCAUCAUAUCAUCAAAAAAAACAGAUUUUUACAUUAAAUUAAUUUCCACAAGAUUUCAGAUUCCUUCUGUUGGAAAAAUCAUGACGUCUCGGGGUGGAGGAGCUGCUUGCCUUUCCAAAAGUUGCUACCUGUUUUGUUUUAGUGGUUUUAAAAAAGAACGAUCUUCAGAUGUUUUGAGAUAAAAUAUUGCAGCUCAUUGAUCUUAAAUCAUUGUCAUAUUGCAUAAAUAAGUCAUACAAAGUCUUGAUCAUAUCAUUCAGUGAAUAUUUAGUAUAUCAGUAUUCAUCAGUUACUUGUACAGGUAUCUUUCACCACAUUGCUGGUAUCAGGCAACAAACUGUAUUGUACAUAAUGCUGUUCAGAAGUAUCUAGCAUCAUUGUUGUUAUAUAUACAGAACCAAUUAUUUUUCUAAGAUGCUGUAAAGCUUGAACAAUCUUGCAGAAGACACUGAAUGAUGAUUAAAAAAAAAAUCACUGAACAGACUCAAAAUAAUAAAAAACAGUGCUGACAUUGG